AUGUUGAGAUUUGGAGUUAGCAAGGUGCUACGUGCCGGCAGGUUCAGUGGCGUCGCUGUUUCUAGCUGUCGCCGUCUACAUGCUGGUUGUGUUAGGUCUGGUCUGGCCGGUAAGGCGGAUGUAUCGCUGAAGAAGUAUCGCGAGGUGUAUGAGCUCGAGCCAAAAAAUCUGGAUCUGCCGUUGGACAGAUUUGCCAGGCGGCAUUUGGGUCCUUCGCCGGCUAACGUGGAGCAUAUGCUGGAGGUUGUGGGCUAUCGCGCGCUUGAUUCGUUUGUGGAGGCGUUGGUCCCACCGAACAUCCUGAAGAAGAGGCCGUUGGCCGUGGAAGCGCCUCAGCAGGGGCUUGGGGAACAGCAGAUGCUAGAACAUAUGGCUGGGAUCGCGGAGAAGAACAAUUACAAAGUGAGGAAUUUCAUCGGAAAGGGCUACUACGGUACAGUUCUGCCUCCGGUGAUUCAGAGAAAUUUGCUGGAAUGUCCUGAGUGGUAUACUUCGUACACUCCGUACCAGCCUGAGAUCUCGCAGGGGAGACUGGAGUCGCUGUUGAACUUUCAGACCGUGGUGUCGGAUUUGACGGGUUUGCCCGUCGCCAACGCGUCCCUUUUAGAUGAGGGUACAGCAGCGGGCGAGGCGAUGCUGCUGUCGUUUAAUGCUGUAAGGAAGAAGAAGUCGAAGUAUGUGAUCGACAAGAAGUUGCAUCCACAGACAAAGACCGUGCUGCGUUCCAGAGCAGAGCCCUUCAACCUGGAGAUCAUCGAGAUCGAUUGCAAUGAUGUGGCGAACGCGGUUAAGGUUCUCAGGGAUCCGCAGGUGGCAGGCUGCUUAGUGCAGUACCCUGCCACAGAUGGUUCCAUUAUCUCAGGCGAGGUUCUUUUGAAAUUGUCCCACGCCUUACAUUCACAUAAAUCGCUGAUGAGCGUUGCUUCGGAUUUAAUGGCGUUAACGCUUUUGAAACCGCCAGCUGAAUUUGGCGCGGAUAUAGUUUUGGGUUCCUCUCAAAGAUUCGGUGUUCCCAUGGGUUAUGGUGGUCCUCACGCUGCCUUUUUCUCAGUGAAGGAUUCUUUGAAUAGAAAAAUACCAGGAAGAAUCGUCGGGGUCUCUAAAGACCGUUUAGGAAAUACCGCCUUAAGACUGGCUCUGCAAACAAGAGAGCAGCAUAUCAAACGUGACAAGGCGACCUCCAAUAUAUGUACUGCACAGGCCUUGUUAGCUAAUGUGGCCGCUAAUUACUGUGUUUACCAUGGUCCAGAGGGUUUGAAGAACAUUGCUAAGAGGAUAUAUGGUUUAACCACCAUUUUGGCCCGGUCGAUCGAAUCUGAAAGCUGCCGGCAUUCUCUAGCCAAUGACAACUGGUUCGAUACAUUAACCGUCAAACUGGGUGAUGGCGUGACUUCUCAGCAAUUGCUGCAGAUCGCUUUGGAAGAUUAUAACAUCAAUCUCUUUGCAGUCGACGAAAGUAGCGUGUCACUGUCACUCGAUGAAACUACCACUAAGGAUGAUUUGAAGAAAUUGAUAAAACUUUUCUGCAAAGACGCAGAUCCGGAAAAUUUCAUUCUAAGUGAAAAGGAUUUCCCACAGUUUCCAAGUGUAUUAUCAAGAACAGAUGAAAUUCUAAAAAAUGAGGUCUUCCAUUUACAUCACAGUGAAACCGCUAUGUUGAGAUACCUACACCGUUUACAGUCUCGCGAUCUGUCCUUGGCAAACUCUAUGAUUCCUCUGGGCUCGUGUACUAUGAAACUGAAUAGUACAGUCGAGAUGAUGCCAAUAACUUGGCCUCAAUUUGCUAACAUUCACCCAUUUCAACCUUCCGACCAAGUUCGUGGCUACCAAGAGUUGUUGACAUCGCUCGAAAAGGAUCUGUGCAACCUGACAGGGUUUGACGGAGUCUCUUUACAACCAAAUUCGGGAGCGCAAGGUGAGUACACCGGUCUUAGAGUUAUUAGAUCUUACUUGAACAAGAUCGGCCAAGGCCAGCGUAACGUUUGCUUGAUCCCAGUGUCAGCACACGGCACUAACCCUGCUUCAGCAGCUAUGUGUGGUAUGAAGGUUGUGCCAGUGAAGUGCCUUCCAGAUGGGUCACUAGACUUGAAAGAUUUGGAAAUCAAGGUGGAGAAACAUAAGGAUGAUUUAGCUGCAGUAAUGAUUACAUAUCCUUCAACAUACGGUCUGUUUGAAACAGGUGUUCAGGAAGCAUUUGAGAAAGUACAUCAGCACGGGGGACAGGUUUAUCUAGAUGGUGCGAACAUGAAUGCUCAAGUUGGAUUAACUUCUCCAGGUGAUCUCGGUGCGGAUGUCUGUCACUUAAAUCUGCAUAAAACUUUUGCAAUUCCUCACGGUGGUGGUGGACCAGCUGGCGCCCCAAUUUGUGUUAAAUCACAUCUGAUCCCGCAUUUGCCCAAACAUGAUGUUGUCGAAAUGCUAACGCCAGGCGGUAGCGAGGACUCUAUCGGUUCUGUGGGCUCUGCCGCCUAUGGUAAUCCACUAGUCUUACCUAUUUCAUAUGCUUACAUCAAGAUGAUGGGCAGCGAGGGUUUACCCUUCUCCAGUGUCAUAGCAAGUUUGAAUGCCAACUACAUGAUGACGAAACUCAAGGAACACUACAAGAUCUUAUUCAUUAGUAACGGCGGAUCUAACAAACAUUGCGCACAUGAGUUUAUUAUUGACCUACGAGAAUACAAAGACAAGGGAAUUGAAGCAAUUGAUAUUGCCAAAAGAUUACAAGACUAUGGCUUCCAUGCCCCUACACUAGCAUUCCCUGUGCCGGGCACUUUGAUGAUCGAGCCAACAGAAUCCGAAAAUUUGGAGGAGCUCGAUAGAUUCGUCGCAGCCCUAGUUGCUAUCAAGGGCGAAAUCAACGCAUACGUAGCAGGAGAACCAAAGGGUCAGCUUCUAAAGAAUGCUCCACAUUCAUUGGAAGAUUUGAUAAGUUCCCAGGACUGGCCAUCUAGAGGCUAUACGCGUGAGCAGGCCGCCUACCCUCUCAAUUAUCUCAAGUACAACAAGUUUUGGCCACCCGUGGCUAGAUUGGAUGACGCCUAUGGCGACAUGAAUCUGAUCUGUACCUGUCCUUCUGUGGAGGAGGUAGCUAAGGAUAAUAUUUGA